AUGACAAUGGAAUGCCCACUCUCACAUUCAUAUACAGCCUGUUUCUAGCUCCCUUCUCUCUCUCUUUCCCCAUCCAUUAUUAAGUCCUCCAGAAGCAAAAGACUUCAUCUUUCACCUCACCAUUGAUCAUCAUCACCUCCAGAAGCCAUGAGCUAUUACAACCAGCAACAACCCCCUGUUGGUGUUCCUCCUCCUCAAGGUUAUCCACCGGAGGGAUAUCCCAAAGACGCUUAUCCUCCUCCGGGGUAUCCUCCACAAGGGUAUCCUCAGCAAGGAUACCCUCCGCCUCAGGGUUACCCCCAGCAAUACCCUCCUCCUUAUGCUCCUCAAUACGCUCAGCCUCCCCCUCAACAACAACAAAACAAUAGCAGUGGAUUUAUGGAAGGCUGUUUGGCUGCUCUGUGCUGUUGCUGUUUGCUGGAUGCCUGCUUCUGAUGGGAGAUUUCAGUCGACGUGAUUGAAGGCUUAUUUGAUCGAAAGGGUUUUCGUUUGUGUAGAGUUUGAUUCGCACCCAUAUUGGGUUGUCAAAUUCUUCUAUUUGAUACAUAAUGUCAUCUACAUUGUCUAGGUUGUUCUGCUUUUUCUUUUUCCAUUUUUUGUGUAUCAGAGUGUUUUUCAUAAAUAAAUGAAGUAAUGAACUUUGGCUUGGAAGUUGGAAACUUGGAAUGUUUCAUUCGUUUGCUUCUUGUGUAUGGCUGUUGUGUUCUAUAAAAUCCUCAACUAGGAUGGAAAUUGUUUCUUUUUGAGUUUGAGUGAUGAAACUUAUGAGGUAUUUGAG